AAUUACAAGUGGUUGCAGCGAUGCUUCUGUUUACGAUUGUCACCUAGCAACGGGUGAGUAAAAUUCAACCAAUCAGGUUAGGGCUCCCCGAUGAAUGACUCCGAGCUGGCCAAUUGAAAGUUUGGAAAGGACUAAAUCCCUCCCGUGCCGCGAUGAAUUGUGGGAAUAAAUCCUAAAAGCUACAACAAACAAUUUUUUAGCUGUUCUGACCACAAGUUAUUUUUAAAAGUCUGCGUAUCGCGUGGAAGUAAAAUGGAAAACGUGCAUUUAUCAGAGGAGGACGAAGAUCUUUAUUCGGGUUAUAACAACUUUAACCCAGCGUUUUACUCAGAGGAGCUGGAGAAUGAUGAAGGAUUCCAGCAGGCGCUCAGGACCAGCCAUGGAAGAAGACCUCUGAUGACUGCACAGUUACCAGGUACUGCCAUUGGAGGUCGACCUUUAGCUUCAUCUUUUGGAUCUCGGGUCCCUUUGGCCUCGUCAGCGGGCAGACCUGUGACUGGAGCUGUGCAGGAUGGAGCUCCUCGUCCGAUGACCUCCAUCAGAGCUGCAGGUUACUCUUCCACCAUGAUGCGGGGUUCAACAUUUGACGCUCUGGGCCAGCACAGGGGUCCUGCUCCUCCUCUUGAAGAAAAGAACGAGGACACGCCAGAAGAGAAGAUCAAGAUCCUGGAGAAAAGAGUCAACGAUCUGAUCGAGGAGAGUUGUAUGGCUCACAGCAAUGGAGCCUCACAGUUGGCUCUGGAGAAGGCCAAAGAGGCGAGGAGAAAGGAGCAGGCGCUCGUCAGGCAGAGGGAGCAGUCUGGUACUGCGGACCAUAUGAAUUUAGACCUCACCUACUCUGUUUUGCUCAACCUUGCAAACCAAUAUGAAAACAACGAAAUGUACCCAGAAGCCCUGAACACCUAUCAGGUCAUCGUGAAGAACAAGAUGUUCAAUAAUCCAGGCCUUCUGAAAGUCAACAUGGCCAACAUUUACUUCAAGCAGAAGAACUACCCGAAAGCUAUCAAGUUCUACCGCAUGGCAUUUGAUCAGAUCUUCAACGCUCCCAAAGAAAUGAGGAUCAAGAUCAUGCAGAACAUCGGGGUGGUGUUUGUGCGCAUGGGCCAGUAUUCGGAUGCCGCCAUGUCCUUUGAGCACAUCAUGAGAGAGAGUCCCAACAUCAAGACGGGCUUCAACCUUACGCUGUGCAACUACGCCACUGGAGACAGGGAGAGGAUGAAGAAGGCCUUCCAGAAGCUCAUCUCUGUCCCUCUGGGAAUAGACGACGAGGACAAAUACAUUCCAGCCACUGAUGACACCAACACUAAUAUGGUCAUUGAUGCCAUCAAGAAUGAUAAGCUUUACCAGAUGGAAAGAGACGUAAAAGCCCAGGCGGAGAAGUACAUCAUGACAGCAGCAAAGCUCAUCGCCCCGGCAAUUGAGACCUCUUUUGCCAGUGGAUUUGACUGGUGUGUGGACAUGAUGAAGGCUUCCCAGUACAUCGAACUCGCCAACGAUCUAGAGAUUAACAAAGCCAUCACAUACCUCAGACAGAAGGACUUCAACCAGGCAGUGGAAACACUAAAGACUUUUGAGAAGAAGGACAGCAGAGUGAAGAGCGCUGCAGCCACAAAUCUCUCCUUCAUCUAUUUCCUGGAGAAAGAUUACGAACAGGCUGACCGAUAUGCAGAUCUAGCUAUGAACGCUAACCGCUACAACCCUGCUGCUCUCAUCAACAAAGGCAACACAGUGUUUAUCAAACAGGAUUAUGAAAAGGCUGCAGAGUUCUUCAAAGAAGCCCUGAAGAAUGAUUCCUCCUGCACUGAAGGCCUCUAUAACCUGGGUUUGACCUAUAAGAGACUGAACCGCCUGCAAGACGCCCUGGACUGCUUCCUGAAGCUUAAUGCCAUUCUGAGGAACAGCGCCCAAGUCAUGCAUCAAAUAGCUGACCUCUAUGACCAGAUGGAUGAUCCUCACCAGGCGAUUGAGUGGCUGAUGCAGGUCAUCAGUGUGACUCCCACUGAUCCACAUGUUCUUGCAAAACUGGGAAAGCUGCACAACAAUGAGGGAGAGAAGUCCCAGGCUCUACACUAUUACAGUGAGUCUUUCAGGUACUUUCCCUCAAACAUCAACGUGAUCACAUGGUUGGGUGCUUACUACAUCGAAGCAAAGUUCUGUGAGAACGCCAUUCAGUAUUUUGAAAGAGCAACUCUUAUACA